AUGCUUCCGGGCGAGAAUCAGAAGAUGGAGCAACUGCUUCUCGGGUUGAUUCGGAGAAUGAAUCAAACGAAUUGGAAAAACCUCACUACGCGGAAGCGGUGGACGAUUGGUUCAACAACAAACGACCGCGACAAUUUCCUACGGUUUUGCUAUCCGUGUGAGGUUAUUGCCGAGGCGUGGCUAUCACCGCAGCUGAAUCAAUAUCCGCACUUUAGAGGCUGGAACGGAAUUGCAUUUUGGAGGUGGUUGGCAAUGUCGACGCCAAAAGAUGAUCAUUUUACACUAAUCUCUCUUGCUGGCUUGACUCAAGAUAUUCUUAAAGCGUUGUUGAUACAUUACGAUAUCAAAAUACAGUGCCUCUACGACAUGCUCUUUAUAGAUGGCUUCUCUGCAAACCUCCACCCCCCAUCAGCGAACGUCUUUUCGUUGUGCUUUGACUUCCUUCGACAGGUGCCAUUGGGCACCGAACGAAAUUACCAUAUACAAACAUUCCCGGAGCUUGAGAAUUACAGACGACAUCACGUAUUAUCGUGGAAGUGGGAUCCAUUUAGCCUGGAGCACAAAGAAUCUGAUCAAGGGUUUGAUAUAUGUCGAGCUGCCAUAUGGAUUCGAAGAGAUCUCGAGACGGGUAAAAAGACGGCGAUAUUCUAUAAUCAGCCAAAGCGGUCCAAAUAUAUUCCCCGCAAAUGUCAGACUCAGUGGCGAAUGAGUCAGUUCUGUGAUGAUAUAAAUAAUCGGGCACGGUCGCGGAAGCCAGAGGAUAUUGAUCAAGAAGAUAGUGAGGAUAUCUUUCACUUUUUGCACCGAUACUUCAAAUAUACGUUCAAAUGGACACGGGUACUUGAGUUGAAUCAGAGGAAAGUCCGUGCUUUGGAGGAGGAAGCUUUUACCUCGCCGAUGAUUGAGACUACGAGAGAUAUUUAUCGACAACAGUCGGCGCUAGACACACAUCUUUCGAUACUUAAUUUGCAGAAGACAAUGAUUACCGCGCUUUGUAGUCGUGAAGUGCGUGAUGAUAUGUUCUGGCCAAAGGAUGCUAGGCUGUUAUUUGGAGACAUCGAAGAUACUCUCGGUGAGAAAAUCCUUGACUUUGAGAGGAUGAGGAAGCAAUGUGAUGAUAUUCAAAACCUGAUUUUCAAUACAAUAGCAAUUGAAGAAAGCCGGGCGGCAGUUGAUCAAGGCCGAAGUAUUGGCCGAUUAACGUGGAUGACUUUUGUCUUUCUCCCUUUAUCGUUUGUAGCUUCAAUACUCGGGAUGAACGUUUACCAGCUGGAACGCACAAGCCUAUGGCUUUACUUUGCAGUCUCUAUUCCGCUCUUGGCGUUUAUUAUUCUUCUCCUUGUGCUUCUCAAAGCAGGAAUCCUGUACAGCCAAAGUGGAGAAACCGACCUCAACUUUUUCCGCUGGGUACUCGCAGGCAGGCCUCGAAAACAGCGGUUGGCAAGGCUUGACUUAGAGAAGGGCGGGCUAACCGAUAAGCUAAAAGAUCGGUUGGGAGGCACUGGCCGAGCGCCGAAAGAUAAGUUGCCGGCUGAGAAGGGGAAAGGAAAAGGCAAUGAUAGAGGCAAGAAGCAAGAGUAA